CGUCGAGCCCGCCACUGCUGCAGCCACCUUUUUUCUUUAUAAACUUUGGUUUUCAGUUUCAAUUCAAUCCUCUAUUUUGUAUAUUUCGCAUUUGUACUAAGGGAAUUUAAAAAUAAUAGUUUAAAGCUUGGGCAUUAUCGCAUUCCCUCGUAUAAUAUACCUCGCACUUUCUCACAAACUAUCUUUUUUUUUAAAUUAUAGCACGCAAUUAACUAGCGCAAUCGACAUCACAUAAUGUCUGCCGAGGCGUCGUCGUCGUCGUCGCUGCCGGCUGCAGGCCCGCUGACAUCGCCUCUUCGAGAGGACAUAAUCGAGUCCGCAGUGCGGUUUCUCGCCGAUCCAAAGGUGCAGUCAUCGACCUUGGCCAAAAAGAUAUCGUUCUUGGAAACAAAGGGGCUCACAAACGCUGAGAUUGAGGAUGCGCUUGCCCGGGCAAAGAAUCACACACAAACACCAGGUGCUGCCGCGCCUGCUGGAACGGGUUCCGGUUCUGGAAAUGGCAGUACUGGAUACGGGUACGCCCAGCCAAUAGCUCCUCUUGCGCCGCCGCCGCGCCCACACUUGGAUUGGAAAGACUAUUUUAUUGCGGCCGUGGUCGCUGGCGGCCUGGGUUACGGACUGUACAUGUUUGCAAAGAAGUACAUCACGCCUCUUCUUUUGGCGCGCGACGACAAUCUGCGUCUGGAAGAGGAGAAGAAGCUGCUUGUCGAGCAGAACGAGCUCACUCGCAAGCAGCUCGAAGUUUUGGGCGCCUCCACCACCCAGAUCCUCGAAACAAUUUCGAAGCAGUCGCAAAGAACCAGCGAAGCCAUCGAGGGAAUGUCCUCUGUCAUGGACAAGAUAGCCACGCAGGAAAUUGAGCACAACACAUCGUCUCGUCGCUUGUUAGUAACGCUCGAGGACCUGCAGCGGGAAAUCGCAGGACUAUCUGCAAAGACAGCAGCUGCGGGCGGCGCGUCAGUGGCCGACGUCCAGUCGGACAUCCGCAGCCUUCGGUCGAUGCUUCUCAGCCAGCGCGCCCCUACCCACAGCUUCUCCCCUGCAGCGCGCUCAUUGACGCCCACGACGGCGUUUUCCUCUGCCGCGCCAGCCGAGGAAAACCCCGUUUCGACUUCAAAUACAGGGUCUGCAGCGACUUCGCCAAUGCCCACGCCGACGAUCCCCGCAUGGCAGCUCGCCCUGAUGGGCGGCGGCAGCGGAAAUGAGAAGAAGGAGGCCGAGACACACUAGUUAAACUCACUUCCCCUUUUGGUUCCACAUUGGCUUUGCGGCUCGUGUGGGGCUCGUGCAUCAGUUUUAUUUUUAUC